UUCUUCAAUCAUUUGUGGUAUAACCCGGGAUUGGGUCUGGCGGGCCUAACAAAAUCCUUUUGUCGACCAACUUUGGCCUGCGGGUCCUAUUUUGGACAUUUCAGGUAUAUACAUUCACUGCAGCUCCAACAUCUCCUGAACAUGAAUGGGGUUAAUGAAAGGUAAUACAUGUUGCUCGUUCUGCUCGACUGCACCUGCUGGGUAAGUUAACUCUUCCUUAUCCACUGAGUAUAUAGAGUGUGUGGCUGGAGGCCGAGGGCAAGGCAGGUGCCAGUUUUGAAUGAAUGGACAGGUGAGAGGCGCCCGGCUCCUCUGUGACCAGCUGGGCACUGUAAGCUGACCGCUGUUGUUGUGUGUGGUCCUGAAUGGAGUGGAGAGACUCCAAGGUCGAGGUCGGGCAUGAAGAAACCCAAGGGAACCCCACUUUCUCUCAGUCUCAGGACUCGGCCCGCAUAUCUUACACGCAGGGGCAAGUCAGGGAUACAUCACCUGAGCUGCUGGGAAGGAGGGAAAAAUGUAAACGGAGGCAAGGAGAUAAAGACGAAGACGUGUACAUGGGCAGAUAGACAUAGUUUAGACAAACACAAUCUUCUCCUCCUUAGUAGCUCCAGCACCAAAACCCCUCUCUGUUUCCCAAAUUAAUUUCCCGUCUUCCUGCUCACUCAUCAUAGCUGGUCAUAGAUCUCUCUGAGGACAUGAGGUCUUCGACGAGUGAGGCGUGUCCGCUGCUCCUCAAACAUCCACUUCCAACGGCAAGUGGAGGCUUUCCACCAGACAAACAGCAGCAAGCAUCAUUUUUUUGAUAAAAACCCGACGCUAUCUUGUUUCACCACCAAUAAUGAAUCAUUGUGUGGCCGCAGUUUGAAUCAUAGUUUGCAAACGUAGCUGCAGAAAGUUGAUCAGAGCGAGCAGGCGAGCAUUACAACUGCACUGAUCUAAGGGAGAUAAGCUGGUACCUAACAAACAGCUCAGGUUUAGCAGGUGUUGACUGAGGAGAUUAUCAGCACUCUUCAGACUUAAGCCUUCUCCUGGAUCUUCACCAAAUACCAGUAGCCCGGUUUUAAAGCAAUUUUUAAUUAACUCUGGCACAUGGUCAUGAAAGUCAACCUGUAUGAAUCUGCUUAGAAAUAUAUAAUAAAAAUGGUUGGUACCUUCCUGACUGCAGCUUCUUGCAGAAAGCUGCACAAUCCUUCACUUAAAAAAAGGCCAUUGUAGUGCACUGGCCUCUGUCACAGACCCCUCUUUGCUGGGCUUUGUCCCACUGCAGGAGCGCAGGUAGCAGGUUGGAUGUUGAAGAAAAGCCUCACGUAUCAGGUGACCCAUUGCCCCACAGCCUUUACUCCUCGCCCAGCUCGCAGCGAUGGAGUGCUCCUGGCGGCCGCUGUAUCCCGUGUCACAAAAGCACCUUUCUACACAAGAGGCCUCAGAGAAUGGGCCACAGCACAGUGGUUCACCUUGGGUCAGCUCCAGCCUGCCGUAGUUGGAUUUCAGACCUCCCCCCUUGCCUCCAGAAAACAGCCUCAUUGGUGGGGAUGUUCUUUCACCCAAGCCUGGCAGAGAUAUCAGAGAGACCUGGAGCUCCUGCUGCUGCUUCCAAUACACCACCGGACAGGAUGAGUGACCAUACGACUUACACAUAACUGGUCAACCAUGAGGAUAAUCUGGUGUCAGUGGACUCUUGUGGCCGCCGUGGUGCUCACGCUCACCGCGGUGUCCGGUGCCGAAGCAAAGACGACACCGAAGCCAAAGUACCAGUUCACCAAGAAGCCCGUCUCUCAGGUGACACAGCAGCACAGUCCAGUGACCAUCAGCUCGCCCAAGACAGUCAAGGUCGGGGCCACCGCAAACCCCGUGGAGCCCCACCCACUGCCACUCACAGAGAGGACCACCCACCCCAACCAUGUCUUCCCUCAGUACCACUCUGUGAGCACUGAGCCCCCUGGUGUUGGUCUUGAGAACUACACACUGGAUUACAAUGAGUGCUACUUCAAUUUCUGUGAGUGCUGUCCUCCAGAGAGAGGCCCCCAGGGGCCAAAGGGAGACAGGGGCCUGCCAGGACCACCAGGCGAGAGAGGUCUCGCAGGGGCAGCAGGAUCACCAGGACCACCAGGUGUGAGUGGUCCUGUGGGAUUAAAAGGAAACAAAGGAGAUCGAGGUGACAGAGGAACCAGUGGGACAGCCGGGUCACCGGGUGUUCCAGGGAAACCAGGACAAAAAGGUGAUUUUGGCUCAAAAGGUGAGAAGGGGGAAACAGGGCCACAAGCUGUCAAAGGCAAUAGUGGCGAGAAAGGGGAACCAGGCCAGAUGGGAAGCCCAGGUGAGAAGGGAGAACCAGGAAAAGAGGGGCCAGCUGGACCUCCAGGAGUGGCUGUUGAACUAGGUCCAAAAGGAGAAAAAGGGGACAGGGGGGAGUGUAGCACAUACGGGGAGAAGGGUCAGAAAGGUGAGCGAGGAGAUCCUGGGCCCUCUGGCAUCCCAGGACUCAUGGGCAUUCCAGGAAUGAAUGGCAAGCACGGUUCCCCAGGUCCGGUAGGUGUCCGAGGGGAUCAGGGACCUCCUGGACCUACAGGAGAACCAGGAGUGCGAGGUCCACAGGGACUACAAGGCAUGCGAGGGAUGCACGGGCCAAAGGGGGACAGAGGCUAUCCUGGGAUGAGAGGUGAGCGAGGCAUGCGUGGAAUGAAAGGGGCUAAAGGAUCGGGAGUUCCUCAGAAACGCUCUGCCUUCAGUGUGGGCAUCUCUCCAAAAAAGUCCUUCCCUCCCUCUGGCUUCCCAAUCCGCUUUGACAAAAUCUUCUACAAUGAAGAGAACCAUUUCAAUGUCACGUCCAGCAGCUUCACCUGUGUCAUUCCUGGGGUUUAUGUCUUCUCCUUCCACAUCACUGUGCGCAACCAGCCGCUGCGAGCCACACUGGUGGUAAACGGGAAGCGGCGGGUGAGGACCCGGGACUCUCUGUAUGGUCAGGACAUUGACCAGGCGUCCACUCUGGUGGUGCUGCAGCUGGCACUGGGUGACGAGGUGUGGAUGGAGACACUCAGAGACUGGAACGGGGUGUACGCCAGCAGUGAGGACGACAGCAUCUUCUCUGGGUUUCUGCUGUACCCUGACACGCCCUGACUCUCAGCAGUGAUAGUCUCUUCUUCUAUCACACUGAUCCGCCGUGAGCACACACUGUUGAUGCAGCUUUAACAUACUCAUGAGCUACUCUAAAGCUGCAGUGUACACCUGUCUGAAUAUCUGAAGAGUGCGUUGUAGGAGCAUCUACUUGUGUUACUGUGGUUUUUGUUGGUUUUAUAACAGUUGGCAUCUGUCUUCUCCUCCUCUUUUCUUCUCCCUUUCUUCCUCCCUUGUGUGCAGAGAAAUUAAUGGAAUCCUUCACACUCUCGUUAAAGGCAGGUAGGACAACAUUUUCUCCCUCAGUUACAUGAACAUAGAACAAAUAUAAAUGUGUAUGGCAUUUUAGAGUUUUGCAAAUGUACACUACUCAACAAAAUGUGUAACAUUAGUUUAAUUAGCAGAAAUGUUACAUAUUAUAUCUUCAAUAAUUAACUUCUCAGUACAAAUAUGAGUCACUUGUGAUGCUUUUCAGUUGAGAAGUCUUGUAAUUUAACAUAUUUUGUGUUACUUAACCUUUACACAUUUUAGCCUAAAGUAUUAAUUUUACGAGUUGAGUUGAGUUAGUUUAUUUCACAGUCACAUGUUUUCACAAGUAAGCACAGGUACAUUUGUGUUGACACAUUUAAAACACACAUUCUUAUCAAGUAAAUAGCAGCAUUCAGCACAUAAAGAAAUAGACCGGAAAGGUGCAGGCGGAAGCUCAAGCUUAUGUUACCUGUCAGCGUGUGAUUUAUAAAACAAAAAACCAAAAACCCUUAUAAUCAAAACAAUAAAACAAAAUAAAUAAAAUUAGUUAAAUGUCAUGUUUACCCCCAUGUUACUUAUUUUACCCCCAAUCAUGUUCCAUUUCAAUUUCAACAUCUCAUUCUGUCUGUUUUGCCCUUUCUCACACCCUGACCACAGCCCUGACCACUGUCCUGACCUCUGCCCUGACCUCUGCCCUGACCUCUGCCCUGACCAUUGUCCUGACCUCUGUCCUGACCACUGCCUCCUCUCUGACCUUUAGGUCACUUCUUACCAACAUUUGUUGUUGCUGCUGCCCACUAGUGGACUUUAAAAGUAUUGCAGGUGGACCACGCUGAGCUGUAAAAAAAUACUGCUAUUUAUCUUUUACUAUUCAUUUAAAACAUAUAUUCUAAUAUAUAUAUAAAAUCAAAAU